CCCGCCCCGGGCUCACCAUGGCGUUGACUUGCUGCACCGCGCGCCCGAAGUUGGUUGCCUGGAAGCCGGUGGUGCCGAAGGCCUCCAGCAGCGCGCGAUGUCGGGCAAGGUGGCCAUCGGCAGCGACAUCGGGCAGGCCCGCCGGGCAGUGGAGCAGCUGCGGAUGGAGGCCGGCAUUGACCGCGUGAAGGUGAGGGGCCGGGGCGGGGCAGGUGCCCGGGGCAAGCAGGGGGCGGCGGCAGGCGCCUUUCUCCCCACCCCCGCCAGGGGCAGGCUGACCAGGCCUGGUCUGCAGGUGUCCAAGGCGGCCGCUGACCUGCUGCAGUUCUGCACGGAGCAGGCCAAGAGCGACCCCUUCCUCGUGGGCAUCCCGGCCGCCACCAACCCCUUCAAGGAGAAGAAGCCCUGUGCCAUCCUGUGACUCCCAGGACCCCCGGCACAGCGCCACCACCCCCACAACCGCCUCAAUAAACAUGAGGGGAACGCU